UAAGGAAGUUGGAGAUCCCGGUAGUUCCCCUGUACUUCAAAAUAACUAUUAGAUUGUUUCGAUCACAACCGAGCACUUGGCCAUCGCUUGUUUAAUCAUAGACCGGUCAUUUCUUAUAGUGUCCCCCUCUUUAAGACAACAUUUAUACUCAUAUUUUUGCCGGAACUCGCUGAAUACUCGGAAGAAGAAAAGAUAAAAACUGAGGAUGGAUGCCACUCACCUGACGGAGGACGAAAUGGCUGAAAUAAAGAAGGAAGCCAUAGAGAGAUUGCGGCCAUACCUCGUUGAUAAGAUAAUUGCUGAGCGACACUUCGAUUACUUGCGCUCUAAGAAGAUUCUGACGAGAGAAGACACGGAAGAGAUCAGCUGUAGGACCACAAGAGGGAAACGCACCAGCAAGCUGUUGGAUAUCCUUGCAGAAAACCCCCGCGGUUUGGACAUGCUCAUUGAGUCUAUUAAAUGGGGCCGAACGCUCAACUUCAUCAUCGCAAAGAUCACAGAUGAAGUGCAGCGUGUGAAAAACGAACGACUGGAGGCUCUAAAAGCAGGGUCCUCGGUCAGCUCAGGAGACUCCUGCACAAAAGGAGCCACCAAUGACCUCUCCAAUAUGGACUACGACUAUGACAAGUACUCCACUAUGUGUUAUCACCCUGAUGGGGAAGGAAGUAUGUCUCCCUCUGCCGCCACAGGAUCCAUUAACCUGCGAUACGGAUCAGGCCGAGGGCAUGAAGCUCUGUCGCCCUGUGGAGGUACUGGCAGCAUGAACGUGUCCUCCACAACAUCAUCAAGCCUGCCCAAACCUGGGGACCCUGGAGCUCCACCACUUCCCGAGGAGCUGGAGACAGAGGUCCAGGACAUAGAUGCCGGUGUUUGCGGGAGCACAGGAAGAAGCGGAGAUGCCAAUUUCCAGCCAUUGCGCUCACGUUCUCUGUUACCACAAAUGCCGUAGCAUAACAUUUCACACAAGUCAUUCUGUCAUUUAUAGAGUGAGACUCUAAUAUUUUCCAAAACAACAGUUUGUUGUUACAAUUAAAUGUCUUUCACAAUUUAUAACAUUGUCAUGUAGUUUGUGACAAUGUUAUUAUACUGUCAGACUUGGGGAGAAGGGUUGCUUCAAGAUGUAUAACGUUAACAGCAGGUUGCUAAUCAACUACUUUAUAUGGAUGGUCAUUUAUGUUGUCUGCUCAUGUAUUGGACAAAUAAAUCAACUGAGAACUCGGGGUGGGGUGGGGUGGGUUCACAAAGGAGCUGGCACUUUUGCACAUGAUAUUUCAACUUAAAAACCUGCAUCUUAUUCAUUAACCAGCUGCAAUCAGUGCAAACUUCACAAACAUGCCUCCUUUAUAUUUAAAUUAGUCUCGUUGCAGAUUGCGCUUUUUUCACAAAACUCUAUAAUCUAUGCUAUUUGAUCGCGAUGGUCUGCUGCAUCCUCCGCUAUAUGGUACUCCGAACCGGCCCGCAAGAUCAGGGAUUGCGCGUGCAAAUUGCUUUCAGUACAGAUUUUGUGGGUGGAUUUGCACAGUUGGCUGAUCUGCAUAAUUCCUUUAGUGAAUCGUGUGCUAAACCAGCUCAGACAGUGUGUGCAAAUACAAAGCGCUUUUACCGGGUGCAAUUCACCAGUUGUGCACAAUGUUUUAAUUGUUGGCCUGUACAUAUUUUAUUUAUCAGAUGGAUGUUUUUGGCCACAUACUUCUGCAAGCUUUUCAGCAUCUUGCAUCAUGAGGGUCACAUUUUUAAGAAUGCGUGUCUCAUUAAAAAUAGUUACACUUUUAAAAACACAUCUUCUUACACUGUUCCAUUCACAAUGCUGUUGCUGCCCUGGAAUAAAACCACUAUGACUUACACUUUUACAAAAAAAUCUACAGUUUUGUCAAACUUGCGGCAAAAUCGGCAUUCAUUAUUUUCACAUGCAAAUGAGCUUGUGAUUUGCCGCAAAUGUUUGCCACAAUUUUGCAGCUCUUCACCGGUUGUGGUGAACCUGCAGCAAACCUUUGGUAAUAGGGCUGGGAUAAACGAUUAUUUUUUAAACGAUUAAUCUAGCGAUUAUUUUUUUUGAUGCAUCGAUUAAUCUGACGAUUCAUUUUUCCAGUCCGAUUCGAUUUCGAUUAGAUUAUCUCCCCAUAAAUUGACUAAUAACAAUUUAUACAUGUUGAUUUACAUAUCUCAAUGAAAAAAAAUGAAUUCCUUAACAUUGCAAUAUAUGUUUAUUGCUCUUAAAAUUCCAAAAUAAGACUAUACAAGUGCAAAGUAAUGCAUUCUUAAUCAGAGGUAGCAUUCAAUAAAACCUUGAAGCCUUGAAAACAUAUAGGCCUAGCUUACUGAAAAAAAGUGCAUCUUGUAAUUCUUCUUUCAGAUUAAAAUAACAACAACUUGAUGUCUAGCAUUCAAUAAAAUAAUUAAAAGGUCACCCAAAAUACUUGUUUAGAGCAAUUGAAAGAAUACAGUAACCAAUGUAAACUUUAGGGCUUUAAGCUAAUACAAAGAGUGCUUUUCCAACAAAAAAUAAAUAAAAAUUAACAGCGACAGUGGGAGCCAGCAGCCUGUCAUGGCGUUCUUCCUGAACCAACAGAAUUGAACAUUUAUGUUGAAAACACAUAGUCCUAGCUUACUGGAAAAAAAGUGCAUCUUUUAAUUCUUCAUUCACAUAAAAAUAACAACAACAUAUAGUAAUACACUCUGCCACUCACCUUUUUCUUAAACUCAAAAAUAAAAUUCAAGUGAAAGUGUACAAGAGCAAAAUAAUGCAUUCUGAUGUCUAGCAUUCAAUAAAGAAAUAAAAAGGUCACCCAGCCACCCUUUCUUAGAGUUACUGAAAGAAUACAGUAACUAUUGUAAACUUGGGGGCUUUAAGCUAAUACAGAAAGUGAUUUCCAACAAAAAAUAAAUAAUGAAAAUAAACAUUCAGAAUUCAACAUUUAUGUUGAACAUACUUAAAAAAAAGCAUCUUCAUUCACAUGCAAAUAACAACUUACACUGACACUUUCCUUUCACCUCAAGAAUACUGUGUGUGCAUGCGCGCGCGCGAAAGCGCAGCUCCUCUUCAGGUGCUGGUGUAUUGCCGUGGUGCUAGAAUGGAAGGCCAUCUCCAUUUUGCAAAGACGACAUAUCACGGAAUUGUUUCCUUUAAUGUAAAAGAAUUCCCAUACUUUAGAGGAACGAGUGCCUUGCACUUCUGAUAGUCUGAGGAGCCACUCGUGUUGCUACUACUCUCGGGCGCCGCCAUCUUUGUUUUGGGUCCGACGAAUCGACGCGCGACGUCGUCCCAGCCCUAUUUGGUAACAAUGAAGAGUUUGCUACAAAGCUCAUUCACAUGUGAAAAGAAUGAGUGCUGAAUUUGCAUCAAGUUGUCCAGAACUCUUGAUUAUUUUUAGUUUGGCCAAUUUGGUACCCCCCAUAAUUUACAUUUAUGCAUUUGGCAGAUGCUUUUAUCCAAAGCAACUUACAGAGCCCUUAUUACAGGGACAAUCCCCCAGGAGCAACCUGGAGUUAAGUGCCUUGCUCAAGGACACAAUGGUGGUGGCUGUGGGGAUCAAACCAGCAACCUUCUGCUUAACAGUUUAGUGCUUCAGCCCACUAUGCCACCGCCACUCCAUAAUGAUGACUAAAACAUUAAAAAAAUGAAACUUGCCUUUUUGGCACUUGCAUACAGUUGUUAUUGGAUUUCGAUUGGUGUGAAAUUUUCUGAAAUAAAAAAAUAUAUAAAAAAAGAUUGAUAAUUUCCCAAGUACUGGGUUCCUUGUGCCCAUCCCUAGUAUUAAGGACUGGUAAAUCACAAUGCCAAACCAGGAUGAUCUGUAGUGUGUUAGAGCUGCACAAAAGCAUCAUUCAUUGAUUUUUCAUUACCCAUAUCUGUGCAAAGUCGAGUGCAUAUGGUCAUUUAUGAUUGUUGCUUGUCAUACGUUAUGAUCCCAGUGAGAUCUGGGGUAAAAGCCAUGGCACACUGUGCAACAUUAUGUCAGUCUGUAUGAUACACUUUGUACCAAUCAUCCCAAUCGAUAGCAUUUAAUUUGAUUAUUACAUUAUCUGGUCUUUGAUGCAAAAACAUUCCAACAUUGCUAAAAGUUAAUUGGAGGCUAAGAUUCAUAAUGAAGUCAAUUAAUCAGCUGUGGGUAAACAUGUCAAAUUAAGUAAUUAAAGUGAAAUCUUUAUCGAUCCCCAAAAUAAGUCUCAGAUGGCAAAAUCGUGGCCAUAUAGUUCAACUUGGGAAAAAUGUUUCCCAUUCAGAACGCUGUUGCUGCUGUUCUAUUAGGACGUCAAUUCUGUCCGGCCGAAAAUGACGCCAAAAUCAUGGCCAAAAUUGUACAGUGCGAAACAAGCAUAACUCAAGUCACCAUGUGUUGCAUUUAUGUCUAAUUUUGUCUUCUUUUUUUUUUGUCAUAUUCAUAGACAUAGUAUUUGUAUCUAAAUAUUUGUAUAUUUGAUCUAAAACACCACUGACCUGGACAAAACUCUUGAAGCUUUAAUGGUCUCUUUAUGCUGCAGUUGAAUGAGGGUGUCAUUGGCCACGUUCACACAGAAACAGAAUGGGGUUUUCAGUCUUGUUUUAGAAUGUGUCACAUUUACACACAGUUGGGUUAUUUACGAGAGUCCACAUUCUUUUAACCAAACUGACACGCUUAAAUGUUCAGAACUUGGUGAACGUUCCUCUGCAACGUCAGUCGCCAUAUUUUAGUCACUGUCACUAUAGUUACAUCAUGUGUUACCGGCUAUUGUGAGAGUAGAAUACGGGCUUGUCUUGAGUUUUUUGUUCAUACAGACAGUAUUCAAGCCGCUACUGUAAGCUUUUGUAUGAAAAAGGACAUUUUGAGACUCCGCUGUAGGUAAAUGCAGUUGUCAUUCCCAAACUCAGACUAUGUGAAUGUGGCUAAUGUGAUAACAUUCAAAGUGUCAUUGUGUGAAUUAAAAAAAUGCAUAAAAGGAAAUGUAGAGCACCUAUAAGGAGUAUCUUUAUGACAAGUGCACAGUAAAUAUUUUAUUUAAUGGUAACGUGCAUGCAUUAUGUAAAGGCGAGUGACAAAAGAGAGUGGCACUGGAGUAGCAGAUCAGAAAUGUCUGACUCACAGCACUGUUUUCAGUGGAUAUAUUUCCAUAAUCCAAUUUACAUAGAGUAAUCAUAUAAUAGCCAAAUAUGCACAGGUUUGUUAAUAGUGUUUUGUCAACACAGUGUGUUCCUUAUCAUAUAAGUGAAUGGGAUCCAUAAAGCCUCUAUUCCAGUCCAACAGUUAUGUGAAAGUCAAUUCUUAUGAAAUUUAAUUUACACUAUGUUUACAGUAUCACUUAUUGACUUUGAUCCCACAAAAAUGUAGUCUUUGGGUUUUCAAAUUUGAUGGUAUUUUGUUUCUUUUCAGCCAACAUAAUCACUUUAGGGACUUUACCUCUUACAAGGACAUUAUGGAAAUAUCACGCGUCAUACUGACGUGAACGUUAUAUAUUUAAACGUCCUUUCAAAGGUCUGUAUCCAUGAUCUGCAAAGGACCAUAUCUGACAGAUUGAAAAAAUUAAAUAAAAGACAUUUAUUUUUACACAAUGUUGUUAAAUUAUUAUAUAUAUAUAUUUGUACCUCCAAUAAAGGUAUAA